CUUUUUGUUUUUCUCUGGUUCGGAAACCAGAAAUGAAGUCGAGAAGAACGAAAAACGAAAAUUCAGACACCGCAGAUUCUCGUUCUACUUCUUCUUCUCUCUCCGAUUCUAUGUAAACAUUUUAGAGGAUAGAUUAUAGAAGGAAAGAAAAGCGAGGAUGACAAGUCGUUCUCGCUUGCAUUCGAUCGUUUCGUCUAUUGUUUCAAUAUAUCCUCACGAGAUCUCUUCAUUGCUCCACGCCUCUUCAUGCUUUUUCUUUAUUUUAAGUGCGUACUUCGUUGUUCUUCCUUUACGUGAUGAUGGUGCCAUAUCUUUAGGUAUAAAAAAUCUCCCAGGGCUGUUCAUUGGAUCAUUAGUCCUCACAUUGGUCUCUGCCCCUAUUUCGACAGUCAUCUUCUCUUUGCCCUAUCUUUCCAAAGAGAAAGCUUUGGUUUUGAUACACAGGUUUUUUAGUGUUACCCUUGUUAUAUUCUUCGCUCUAUGGUAUUCUUCCUCGGCUAAGUCUUUCUCUUCUGAUUCCAAGGUUUCAGUUCCUCACCCCACUUUUAAAGAGGAUCUCAAGGUUGAAGAAAACCAUGGAAGUCCUGCUAUUUCUGAUGGUUGGGGUAACCAUGGGUGGUUUUACAUUUCAGUCAGAACUGGCUUCUUCCUUUGGGUGGCGCUGCUUAAUCUUAUUACUAUUUCUUCAACUUGGGCUAGAGUAAUUGAUGUUCUGGACAAUGAGUCAGGUUCAAGACUGUUUGGGUUCAUUGGUGCUGGUGCUACGCUUGGACAACUUUUUGGUUCAUUAUUUGCUGCUGCCAUGACUUGGAUGGGACCCUUUUUACUACUCUUUGCUGCUCUCUUGAUGGAACUUGCUGCACAGUCAUCAAAAGGCAUCAAUCAGGGUUUACCACAUGACUCUGAAGAACUGUCUUCUUUGAGAGAAGGGGAUCUGGAUCAACAUGUUGAAACUGAUGAACAAAUUAGGCCUGCUCUGGCAGGAUCUUCGCCCAAGUCAUCUAACUCCUUGGGGAAUCCUCGGCUUUGGGUUAUAUUAGAUGGGCUUCGACUGAUAAUGUCAUCAAGUUACCUCCUUUCCAUAUCUUUGUUCCUAUGGCUUGGUGCAGUUGUCUCUUCCUUCUUUUAUUUUCAGAAAAUAAGUGUAAUUGCCAUUACUGUUGCUAGCCCUCUUGGCCGAAGAAGGUUGUUUGCUCAGAUCAACAGCUUCGUUGCUGUUUUUAUCCUUGCUGGACAACUCACUGUAACAGGACGUAUUCUUACAAUUGCUGGGGUUACUGUGGCUAUUUGCUUGGCUCCGUUCAUUGCGUUCUUAAAUAUGGUUGCUAUUACUAUAUGGCCCACCUGGUUUGUGGUGGCUGUCUCUGAGACCCUGCGGAAGGUGGUUAUGUAUGUGGUAACCAGACCCGGAAGAGAACUCCUAUUUACUGUUGUCUCACGGGAAGAGAAGUAUAAAGCCAAGGUAUGCAUAGAUGUAAUUGUUCAAAGACUGGGAGAUGCAACAGCAGCAGGGAUGUACAAAUUCCUUUUUGGCACUCUAAAUCAGGGAACGUCAACUGUUUCCCUUUACGCUUUGCCUGUGUGUUUCUUGUGGGUAGUUACAGCCUUCCAUUUGGGACGUCGCCAAGAGCACCUGGCCAAGAUCCAUGGUGCCUCUACACCCUGAUAAUUUUUUUGCAGGAUGGUUAUUUUACUUAAACCUAAUUAUUGAGACUACACGAAACAGAUACCGAUAAUGAAGGAAUCGAAAAAAACCGAACUGUUCAGUUUGGAUUUGAGGCUAUGAAAGUUGUUCGGUUUGUAAAUGUUGUAUUUGUAACCGAACCGAUUGACACCCUUACCAUAGGGACAAAGGGAGGCUUGGAGGACCUAUUUUUACACUUUUACUUCGGCGAUUAGUGAUCUGUCAAUUGCAACGAAGGAGAGCUCAGUUUGAAGGAAUCGAAGAAGGGUUUGCAGUGGCGGAGAAAUGAAGGGAUGAUUGGACGAAGGCCAAAGGGUUUUUGGUAGUUUUAAAUAAAUGGUAAAGUAUGUACAUUAUGCAUUUAACAUGGGAUGGUAUAAAAUGCAUAUAUUUUUCUGACUCUUUA